UUCUUGUUAUUAGAUAAAGAUAAAACUUUAUGUCAAAUAACUGUGUGUAAAAACGCUGCACAUUUGCAAUGGGUAAACAAAAUUUCGUCAUCUCAGGGGGCCGGAAGUGGUGAAGCUGCCCGUAGAACUCUCGAGAUCAACAUGGCUGCGUACAUGAAGAUGUGGAGCAGAUACAGGCAGGCGUACAAAAAUGGGACCGUCCUCUGUAGCAAGUACACUAAAGACUUUUGUGGUGAGAUAAAUGGGAUUAAUCCGAGAGAUUCGCUUAGCCGUAGCGGAUUUACCACAAACCGAUCACAUUCUUAUGUUUCAUCUAAAAGCUCGCCGGUGUUUAGUGGCAGCUUCUGCACUGUUACCCCAGUGACAGGACCUGCGUGCAGGACAGAUCUAAGAAGAUGGGCCAGAAUAGCCGGUGUGUUUUCUCCAGCCUGGGGAAAAGUUGACCCUGGUGUGUUGACGAGCCACGAGCAGAGGAGAUAUCUGUUCGGGAACAGUGGCAGCGGCUUUGCAGGAGAGGAUGGAGCUGAGAGCAGUAGUCCUAACGGCGAUGAAGCCGGUGGAGAUGGGGCAGAGUCCGGGGCUGCUCCCCCGCACAUCACCGCUCUCGCACCUAUGAUGGUGCCGGAAGUCUUUCCCAACGUUCCUCUCAUCGCCAUCAACAGAAACCCGGUGUUCCCACGAUUCAUCAAAAUAAUCGAGGUGAAGAAUAAGCAGCUGAUGGAUCUGCUGAGGCGAAAAGUGCGACUUGCUCAGCCCUACGCUGGUGUCUUCCUCAAGAAGGACGAUAAUGAUGAGUCGGAUGUGGUGGAAAGCUUGGACACUGUUUACAACACGGGAACUUUUGUUCAGAUCCAUGAGAUGCAAGAUCUUGGUGACAAACUGCGCAUGAUCGUGAUGGGGCAUCGGAGAAUCCGGAUCACUAAGCAGCUGGAAGUCGAGGCAGAGGAAGCGGCCACCACACCAGAGUCAGAUGCCGAACAGGCCAAAGUUCAGCGGAGAAAAAACAAGCGUGUUCGUAAGGAUUCGGCAUCGCUGGCCGAGGAGAUGGCAGAAAGAGUGAAGGAAGCAGCGUUAGUGGCGGAGGUUUUACCUUUACCCAAAACCAACGAGGUCCUUAUGGUGGAGGUGGACAACGUCAUACAUGAAGAGUUCCAGGUCACAGAGGAGGUUAAGGCUCUGACUGCCGAGAUCGUUAAGACCAUUCGUGACAUCAUUGCUCUCAACCCUCUUUACAGAGAAUCAGUUCUACAGAUGAUGCAGGCGGGACCGAGGGUAGUCGACAACCCCAUCUACCUGAGUGACAUGGGCGCUGCUCUGACCGGUGCAGAGUCACAUGAGCUACAGGACAUUCUGGAGGAAACCAAUAUUCCCAAACGGUUGUACAAGGCUCUGUCUCUGCUGAAGAAGGAGUACGAGUUCAGUAAACUGCAGCAGCGCCUCGGCAGGGAGGUGGAGGAGAAAAUCAAACAGACGCACAGGAAAUACCUCCUGCAGGAGCAGCUGAAGAUCAUCAAGAAAGAACUGGGCCUGGAGAAGGAGGACAAGGAUGCCAUCGAGGAGAAGUUUAGAGAAAGGUUAAAGGACCGGACCGUACCCCAACAUAUCAUGGAGGUCAUCACUGAGGAGCUGAACAAACUCAGCCUUCUGGAUAAUCAUUCCUCAGAGUUCAAUGUUACAAGAAACUACUUGGACUGGUUGACCUCAAUGCCAUGGGGCACCAACAGCGUGGAAAACCUGGACCUGUCUCGAGCUAAAGAAGUGCUGGAGGAAGAUCAUUAUGGCAUGGAGGAUGUGAAGAAAAGGAUUCUCGAGUUUAUCGCCGUUAGCCAGCUGAAAGGGAGCACGCAGGGGAAGAUCCUGUGCUUCUACGGACCACCGGGUGUGGGAAAGACCAGCAUUGCCCGCUCCAUCGCUAGAGCCCUAAACCGCGAGUACUUCCGCUUCAGCGUGGGCGGUAUGACCGACGUAGCUGAAAUCAAAGGCCACAGGAGGACGUAUGUUGGCGCCAUGCCAGGAAAAAUCAUCCAGUGUCUGAAAAAGACGAAAACAGAAAACCCACUAGUUCUAAUUGACGAGGUGGAUAAAAUAGGUAGAGGCUACCAAGGGGAUCCAUCUUCUGCCCUGCUGGAGCUUUUAGACCCUGAGCAGAACGCAAACUUCCUGGAUCACUACCUGGAUGUACCUGUGGAUCUGUCUAAGGUUCUUUUUAUUUGCACUGCCAAUGUGACUGACACCAUUCCUGAACCCCUGAGAGACCGAAUGGAAAUGAUCAAUGUAUCUGGCUAUGUGGCUCAGGAGAAACUAGCCAUUGCAGAGAGGUAUCUGGUGCCCCAGUUACGGACUCUGUGUGGUUUGGAUGAGCAGAAGACCAGCAUCUCCUCAGAGGCACUGAGCGUUCUUAUCAGGCAGUACUGCAGAGAGAGUGGUGUCAGGAACCUCCAGAAACAGGUGGAGAAGGUUUUCCGGAAAGCUGCAUUCCGUAUCGUUAAUGGUGAGGAAGCUGCUGUCACAGUGACGGCUGACAAUCUGCAGGAUUACGUCGGCAAACCCCUGUUCACUGUAGACCGAAUGUAUGACGUCACACCGCCCGGGGUGGUCAUGGGUCUGGCAUGGACAGCAAUGGGUGGUUCCACACUGUUCAUCGAGACAUCUUUGAGGCGUCCAAGGACUUCAAAAGAAAAAGAUGGACCUGCAGAAGGCUCUCUAGAGGUGACCGGGCAGCUGGGAGACGUGAUGAAGGAGAGCGCUAAAAUCGCCAACACCUUCGCUCGCUCUUUGCUCAUGAAGCUACAGCCAGAGAACGACUUCCUUGUGGGCUCUCACCUUCAUCUGCACGUGCCUGAAGGUGCCACUCCUAAAGACGGACCCAGUGCAGGAUGUACUAUAGUCACGGCUCUGCUGUCCUUGGCCACCAACACGCCGGUGCGGCAGAAUGUGGCCAUGACAGGAGAAGUGUCCCUGACGGGGAAGAUCCUGCCUGUUGGAGGAAUUAAGGAAAAAACUAUUGCUGCAAAGAGAGCUGGAGUGAAUUGCAUCAUCCUCCCUGCUGAAAACAAGAAAGAUUUCUCUGACCUGGCCGAGUACAUCACAGAGGGUCUGGAGGUGCAUUUUGUUGAACAUUACCAAGAAAUCUACAAUAUUGUGUUCACAGGCCAAUGAAGAACGUCUGAACUCUUACUUAAUCUGCUAUAAUUAAUUAAGUUGUGCAUCAUCCGGAGAGCGCAGUGUCAGCAAUGUCCACCAAGUUUUGUCUUACCAGCAGGUUGACUGAUGUAGUACUACUGGUUCAUGCACUCUUCUUUCGUCUCAGAAGGCUGGGAGCUGAACACUGACAUUUGUAAAUCCCAGAUGUGUACCAUAAAACACUGGGAUCUUGUUAUUGCUGCUACGCAGCCGUUAAACCACCUAGUUUUGUCAUGUUUUUGGGAAUGAACAACAGAAUCAUUUUCCAGUCUGCAUGCCUUUUUUUUUUUUUUUUUUGGUAGGAUUUUUAAUUCAUUUAUCUUUGUGUACAGAUUAUUUAAUUUCCAGGGUCCCAAACUUGAUCAAUAUUAAGCAUAAACAUUUUUUAUGUAUCACCCAAUAAACAAAUCUCUUCAGUUAACAGUUUUCACCCCCAGUCCAUGUGACUGGAAAGAAGCAAAAAAGACUCAAUUGCCACAUGAAUUCUUAGUCUAAAAAUUAAACAUAUAAUAAUGAUUUUGUUCAGAAUGUUUACUUUUGUUUCCCUGAAAUUUACAAAUAGAUGUGUUAAAUAAACUGAAACAUGCUAUUUUUUGUG